AUGACUGAUUAUACUAAUGGUAAUGCAGAUUUGUGCUUCAAAGUCUGGCCAACCCCACAGUUAGGGGCAGCGUUUACGCCUUUAAAAGCAGAUCCUCUUCAAACCUUUCCAUUGAUACCGGAGCAGCACUACUGGGUGCCGGUGUCGAUGCCGAUCCCGACAUCUGUUAUGAUGCCCAGAGCCACCACGGUCGCCAAUGCCGGGUCUCAGGUGUUUUCGCAGGGAUUGUGUAUGGAUCCUUCACUCUUGAUGUCGAUUCCGAUGGGGUCGUUUUCGCAACUUCGACCCCCACAAAGCCAGCUCCCGGCCUACUCCCACACGUCGCCGCAGACCUCUCAGCCCUCACGGACCCUUGGCCCCAGCGAUGCCUCCACGGAGUCCGGCGCGUCCUUGACGCCUCCCCAACCCCACCUCGACGUCAACUCCGGGGAAUGGGAUGCGCUCACGAUCUGCCCACACUCCGUACGCAAGAAUGGUCUUCUCUACGCCACGAACACGCAGUACGAAGGGCGGGUGAAGCGGUAUAGCCACAUGCGCGGCUUCGGCUUUCUCACGGCGACGCACCGACUGACGCCGUUGAAUGGGGAGGGUGUGGCCGGCCUGGAGCAGUGCGAGGGCGGUUGGCCGGGCGCCGAGGACUCCGCGUCCACGGGCACCAGCGAGACGGUUGUGGAGAUCGAUGGUGUGCGUUACCUCCGCAAGCCCGUCCGGAUUGGGGAUAUCUUCGUGCACUACCAAAAAAUCCGCGUUCCCUUGGACACCGCCAGCUCGGCAGGGGUCGUGCAGAACUUUACCGUCGGCGCCUGUGUGUACUUCCGCGCCGACUGGGGGACGAACCCGGGCAGCCUUCAGGCGGUGGACGUUCGACUUUUGCUGCGUCCGGGCCGCGUGCCGCUUGAGGGGUGCAUGCCACCCACCACUGGGCGGGAUUCCUCUCCGAUCGGCCCCCCUCCUCCUCCGCCUCCUCCGUUCCGCCCCGCCUCGCUCACCCCUCCCCGGCAUGACAGCAACUGCUCCUGGGAGAGCUCGGAGUUGGAGUUUCUGGCGAAGCACUCGCUGCCCUCUGGCCAGUCCAACGGCGGCACCUCGAUCUCGAAGGUCUCCACCCUCGGAGAGAGCGACGGGGUCGGCCACCCCGGCGCCGGCAUCAUCGGCAUCCCCGAUAUCCCCCUAAAAACGCAAUCGGAGCGAAUCGAUAAUGACGGGGGCUCACUUGUCGUGUUGCCAGACACCUGUAACACCGACCUCACGAACCUCUUCACGACGUCAACGAACACCUUUUUGUGGAUUUGA